AUGAACUUGAACAAUAAUAUAUCAAUGACAUCGAAUAAUAUGUUUUUAGAGGAACAAUUCUUAAUUCCUACAUCAACACAAGCAGAUUAUGUCUAUCAAAAUCAACAACAGCAAUAUCAUCGUGUUGAAAUGAUCAUAUCUCAAAAUUGUAAUGCUUCAAUCACAAAUACAAGUUCACGUGCUCAUCCACAUACACUAAAUACUGAAGCAGUACAUGUUGAUCAUAGUCAAGGACAUGCAGUUGUUAUACAUCCUCGACAACAACAUCAACGGUCAAGAUCAUUGACUAAAGUUUCGCUGAAACAUCGAUCAUAA